AUGCAGAUUCCCUUGAAUGAGCAGGACUCAGAAGGCGUUAUAAGAGGUGCAACUUCACAACGGAUCCCCUGCCCGUUCUCAGUCGCCUCUACAAGUAGCGCGCAUCCAUCUGUGAUUCUAACGCAACCUGCUCAGAUGAUUGUUGAAUCAGUAAGCGCCCGACAGCAGCACAGUCUGCCUCCAGUAGGGGCUCGUACCACGUCGUAUAUUGCAUCGUUGCCUACGCCAUCCAGCAAUUGUCCUAUUCCAGUGCAGUUCGUUUAUGCAUCAAACGCGAACGGACAGGCUGUGCCCGUUCCGGUUGAGUUGAUACAGUCUCCAUCAAACCUCGCUGCUGGCAUUCCAUAUGCGUAUCCUGUACGCAUGAUAUCACCUAUGACGCUCAAUAUAGCACCAACGACAAGUGCCGAUGAGCACUGGGCGAAUCAUUUGCCGUAUUGGGGCAGUACCGUUGCUCGUGGUAUUGAUGAAAAUGCGAAAACCAUGCAGAACAUCACAAACGACAGCACAACUUCUAUGAGUUUACCACCAAUUGGGACUGGAAUGCAAUCAACGCUAUCCGCUUUAAGGGCCGGAAUGGACGACGCACUGCGUAAAUCACUAAGUGAAUCGUUAUCAUCGUUGAAUUCGUCGAGUCGACGUAGCGCAGAUGACGACUCAAGGAUACGCGCUGCUAAAAAAACCGAGCAAAUUUACAAUGAGCAAGUAGCGGAACGCAGACGAUUGGAGGCGCAACGCAUUGAGGACGAGAAACGUGAGGCGAUGAUAAAAGAACAAGAGAGAAGGCGAAUGGAGGAGUUGGAACGUGAGAGGGAGAGUGAAGAGGAAAGGAGAAAACUGAAGCAGUUGGAGGAUCGCGAACGCACCGAAGCAGCUCUGUUGGCGUCGAUCGAACGUGCGAAACGUGAAGCUGAAAUGCUGAAAAAAGCAAAACUCUACAAGCACGUUCUGGAGAGCUGUGAGAGUAACGCGGCAUUGGAGCAUUCAAUACUGAGCGAGGAUGACCGAGAAAACUCGAGGAUCCUUAGGGAGGUUGAAAGUCUCGAGCGGCAGAAGCAGUACGAUUUUCAGCGAUUGGGUAGUGGCUCCAGAUCGUCCUCAGCUAAGAGAGCGCUAACUGAGCGAGGAGCUGACUUGAAUCGUUCAACGCCGCAUUCACGAAAUAACUCGUACGACGAUGAUCGUCCAAUCAAAGGCACAUUCAAUUCAUCGUAUAUUUCCAAAUCGUUUGGUUCCACACCUGAGUCAAACUCUCCGUUGUGUCGUGACCGUCGUGGUCGUCAAUCAAUGCGAGCGCCUUCUACACCAAGAACGAAUCUGCCUCGAAGAAGAGCGGAUAGCGCUGAACGAUCAAAAAAUACUUCCUCAUCCCCCGUUCGAUGUUCACUUGAAAAACCGGUCAGCCUUGAUCGACCUCGUGCUACACAAGGAGCUCAAUGCUUAAUACCUGUCCGACCUCAGCGCAGAAUCCCACCUCCGGCACCUCGAUCACGACGUACCUCCUCUACAAACGACACAAUAACUCCCGAAACUGUGACACCCGUGACUUUAACUACAUCACCAUCAACAGUUACAUAUUCAACGACUAAAGCUGCCGAAAGCUUUGAUAUGAUACCAAACGGUGAUGGCGGAAGAUCGAGAAUGAUCAGCAGCCAUACCAUUGACAGCAGUUCGUUCCCAACGGAAAAGUCGAUUCAGUCAACGCAAUCUCAAGAUGUGCUCGUUGAAAAGCCCACGAAAAUGCCGUUGAGAGAAAGUAAAUCGUUUUCUACAGAUCGUGAGAUAGAACGGUCGUUUACUGCACCGAAACAAAGCUAUCAUGAUGGUUAG